GCGAGAGCCCGGUGCCACUCGGAGCCGGGCGGCGGCGGAGCGCGGGCGGCAGCGGUGGGCAGGAUGUGCUGCUGUCACACCAGGUGUCCCCUGGGUGUCCUGAACUAUGGAAGUUACAACCUGUAAGGAGUAACCCAGGUUUGAGCCAAGCCAGUGUCCUCGUGGUGCUGUGGCAGGAGAUGCCACGUGAGUCCUGGACCCCCAUUGUGUGACAAUACACUGCCUUGGUGAGCCAGGAUGUGGGAUAGUGGGGAGAAAAUAUGGGAUGGGAGGAGGAAAUAUGGGUCAGGAGGAGGAAUAUGGGUUUCUGUGUAGGUGCUGGAGAAGUGAUUGUUGGUGGAACCCUGGGAGUGAAAAAGCACGCAUGAUGGUGAGAUAGUAGGGAGCGACCCUGGAUGUGGCCAUGGUGUGACCCUGGAGGUGGUGCUGGAAGAACCUCAGUGAUGGCUGUGGUUUGGCUCCAGAGGUGGCCGUGGUUGGCCAUUAUAUAACCCUGGAGGUGGCCAUACAUGAGACCCAGUGCCGGUGGAUCUGCAGGAUAUGGACUGCGUGUUUCCUUGAGGUCCCCUUGGGAUGAGGAGGGACAUGGGAUAGUUCCCUCUGAGCAGGAAGAGAGCAGCACCGGAGAUCUCUAGAAAGCAGACCCCAAAACGCCCUUCUCAGAACUGUAGCUGCUCUGCCAUUAGGUAGGUUUUAAUUGCAGCCAUGCACAAGGAGAAAGCUCACUGGGAAGCUUUGAUUCGCUCCACCUGGAUACCUGGUCCUGCACACCUUUGUUAGUGCGUGGAGAGUAAUUAGCUGCUGGAUGAGCCCAGGGAGAGGCGGGCUCAAAUUUGGCAAAUGCUUCCACCCCAUUGUUUAGUGCUGAUGAAGGCUUUGCUGAGCUCUGAGCUGUGCCACUGUUUCCCAGCUCGUUACCUUCUACGCUAAUUACUGCCGGGGUCUGUGCACUGCAAGGAGGUGGGGACAUGCAUUCCAAAAGCAUCCCUGGGCGCUUGCGCAGAGCCUCAUGUCAAUCUUUAACCCCCAGCACAGGGAGAACACCGGCAAACAUUGCCCAGAUAGGAGCAGACCUGCUUAGGAGCUGCAGAAAUUGGGAGUAAGGCGCUGGUGGCGGUGUAUUCUGCGAAGUGGGGCAUUUCCAGAGCUCUGGGAGGGAGCUGCUCACAAACAGUAGUGCUGCUCGUGGAGAAUUACCCUAAUUAAAGGUAGUCCCAUUUCAAGGAUUUUUUUUAAAUUUACGUUAGUUGCCUAAUUAAAUAAAGGCAGUGUUGUCUUGCUUGCCAGUAACAGUGUUUCUGGCUUGCACUUUGCACCCCACUUGCCAGUGAAAGGCAGCACAGUGUGCACUGUUGGUGUGUGCACCCUUGUGCCUGCAGCACUGGUUUGUACAUACUAGUAUGGGGUUACACUAUGCAUAUGUGUGCAUAGGUGGCUGCGCACAUUGUGCAUGCACAUAUAGUUGUGCACAUUUGCAUGCACGUGUGGCUCAGCAGAGGUUUCAGAACCUGCUCUUGCAGUAGCUUCCAUGCAUCCAAUUGUACCUUCUCUUGAGCACUGCUUUGCAGGCAGAGGUUGGGGUAUGUGCCCCAGACAGGUGUGCGGGGCUCUUGGUGUGCAUGGAUUGAUGUGUUGGGUUUUCACACUGCUUGCAAAAUGCUGCUGAGGAUGGUAAGUGAUGAAAUAGAGCCCACUAAUUAUGGGGGAGCUGUUGUAGUUGAGGCUCACCUGGCCAAAAUGGACAGGUGUGUUGCAGAAAGCCCUCUGUUACGAGCAGUGAGAUGCCUUUAUAACAAUAUAAUGUUUCUUACUGGAUUUAUCCAGGAAAAAACACUAACUUAGAAAAGAACUGGCAUACGAGAAAUCCCUUGUUUGCCCUGUGCCGUAUUGACGUGCGCUCCUCAUGCAUGGGGAUGCAGAGCAGCAGGAGCACAGCAGCAGAGACCAGUUAAGUUUGCUCCAUGGCCUGCAGGCUGUGUUUUGGUGUGCAGACAGGAGCAAAUGUGUUUUUUUUCAACCUGGGAGGAAAUGAGACCACAUUCCCCUCUGUUGUUUGAGCAGCACUGAGCUCAUGGAAGCACUGCUGCCCACAGAGCACAGAUUUAUAGAUACCCAUUGAUAUACAUACCACUUCUCCAUUUUUGAGUCACAUUAUAUAGGUUUUACACACAUUCUAUCAUCUGUCUAUGCUAUAUACGGUUACACAGAGGAAGUGUGGUCUCCUUGCUGCCACCAGGCUUUGUCCUGGCUUUGCAGCCCUGGGGGCACAAAGCUGAGCUGCACUGACCUGCAAAGCCAUGGUGACUGCAUGUAGCACUGGGUAUUCCUUGCAAGCACAGGAGUUGGCAUUUGCUUUGAUGAAAGCUGCCCUGGAGCAGCACCUGGUUUGUCACUGGGCACUGUUGGGGGUGUUCUUUCCUCCCUCCUGCAUUGCAACACUUUGCACAGUAUUUAUUAGAGAAAACCGUUUGCUCUGUCAGAGGGAAGCGACACUGCAGUGUGGUGAGGAGACACGCUCGCAGCGUGUCCCUUUUUUGCCAUAUGGGGCAGCAUUUGGGAACAGCAGGGUCCCACUUGGGGCUGUCUGCAUGCCAAGCCAGGACCCUCCCUUUUCCCCCGCCCCUUCUUCCCCCCCAGCUCCUGCCAACCUCCAGGAGAGACACUGCAAAGUUUCCACUUGUAGCUGGAAAGUUCCUGGUAUUGUGAUUUCUAGGAAAUGCAGCCUGGAUGGUGGCAGAAUGGGGUCCUGUCAGACUUUGGCCUACCCUUUCAUUGUUGGGAAUGGGUGGCCAGUUUUUACGGGGGCAGGUUUUGGUGCCUGUAUCCAAUGCGAUCCUGGGGUGUUGCUCUCAGAGGAUUUGUGUCCUGGUGCUGAAGCCUCUGGAUUUGUCUUGAUUUUAAAACAUGUUUAUUAUAGCUCUUAAGUUACAGAUGUACAUUGAAAUGGUGUGAAGCCACCCUGUUGUGGUUACAUGUCACGGUCAGGACAUUUCCCAUUGUGCCCACGUGUACACAGAUCCCUCCUGGCCCUGCAGCCUCCGGUACAUGGCUCCCAGCAGGGAGUCCUUGCUGCUGGGCGCAGCUUUGGAGGAGGAAGGUGAUGCUGCAGCUGGCCGAUCAUUCCGGCCUGAGACAGCCCUGGCCCUGGUGUGGAGCAGAACUCAGGGAGCAGCAGCCUUCCUCCGAUGGAUUGCUUCCUGUUAAUCACUCUGGAUCCCUGCCAGCCUUCCCUGGCUGUGCUUGUGCCUCCACAAGGCUGGAGAUGAGCAGAAGCAGAGCUACCUUCUCUCUCUGUUUUGAUAGACAAAGGUUCCUGGGCUCUGUCCCAAUACACAGUGGUCCUGUGGGCUUCAUCCCUCCCACUGUUGCUGACGCAGGGCAUCGCCCCCCCACUCCUCCCUGUGCCUUGGACUGCUGCCCUGGAUAGCUGCACUAAUUGCUUACGUAGAAAAAUAAUGAGGAGGAUGUGUGUGGUGUAUUUUUAGAUAUCUCUUGGUGUGAUUUGCCGACUGGUGAGACAGAGCUGGCAUCUCCCGAGCCAUCUCCUCUGCCCCCAUGGUGAUGCUUGAUGCACCCAGGCAAGCUCUGCCUCAACAGGCUUUGGAAAGCUCGCUGUUCUUUGUACACAUGGACGGAGAUGACCUGAGCUCCUUGGGGUCUUGCUGUAUUUCUGCUGUACAGUGUGCUGCUGGCUGCAGCCAGGAGCACGUGGGCUGGAUGUAGGGCACCUUAGAGGAGGAGGUGGGAAGCUGAUGGACAGAUGCAGGAUGGGCCAUUCAGCUGAAAGCAAUGUAGAAAUACCCCUGAGCUUCCCAACUGCCCUGCUUGCACCAGUGCUCUUAGUGCUUUUAGGGGUUGCCAUCCAAAAUCUCUGCAGGGCAGGGGAAGUGGAGCAGAUGCAGCAUCUCAUCAAACAUAGCCCCAAAGGCUUAUAACCGGGCACUGCAGUGGCAGAUCUCUUCUUUCUCUGUUUACUCCUUCCACAUGGAGCCCUUUGUGUCUUGUUUGUUUCCUGUGCUGGGAAGGCUGGAGUUGGGUUUGUCCUGCUCAGCCCAGGCGCAGUUGUUCUCGCAGUGUGACUGAUCUGCCUUUGGAGCUGAAAACAUCCUUUCUUUGCUGUUUAUGAAGCCUCGAACUGAUGAUUUCUAAUGUUGGUUGGCGUCAGCUUCCACACCAAAGGCUGUGGGAAAGUUUGGCAAUUACACUGACUUUUAUAGAUCUGUUUUAUGUUUCAAACCCAUUGCUUUCUAUUUCUAUGUUGUAUGGUUCCUUGAUGACGUGUUGCACAGUAGUGUGGCUACCAAAACAAGUCAUCCCAUCGGAGGGGAAUCAUCAGGAAAUGGUUUCUUUUCUCAACCAGAAGCAUUUAUGUUCUCACUGGGCAGCGUUUGUCCAGCUCUGCCACAGAUGAAAACCACGGUUGUCCAUCGCUGUGGCAAGGCACGCAGCAGCCUACGCAGAGUUCUGGUGCCUGGCUGCAUGGGUUCUGCAUCGUGUCCUUGCCGUGUUUCCCCAUGCAAAUUGCACUGUGUUCCGCUUGUAUUUUAUUUCAGCAAAAUAUUCACUGCCAUCGGUGUGGGCAUGGUCUGCUGGCUGCAGCACACUCUUCUCCUGCACGGUUGUUGCUUUGGGCAGCACUUUGCCCCAGAAACCCAUUUCUUGCAGUUUUCUAACAGAUUUUCUUUGUUGGAAUUCUGUUGGCACUGGGUUUGCAUUGCCCUGCUUUGCCUUUACGUCUUCCCAUUGGGGUGAGACCAUGCGGUAACCCACAGCCUCAGGGCUGACCUGCAGCCUCAGCACCUUUUUGGAUCUUUUUGGGCAAGAGGAACGAUGCAUGCUUGGGUUUGGGCCAUUCACUUAAGAAUAAUGCAGCCUCGGACGGAACAGGAAGUCGUUCCUCGUGGAAAAUAAUCCUCAUCAGUGUGUGGCGUAGCUCGAAGCACAGCAUUGUGCAAACUUUCAGGCAGUGUAUAAGAGGGGCUGAGUUGAGGGAAGGAAGAGCUCUGAGGGCUCUGAUUUUCCUCUCUGAGCAUCUCAGCCUCUCAGCUUCACCACUGAUCAUGAUGUCUGGUGAUAAAGGUGCCUGAAGCCUCUCUGUUGGUGUUUCCUACUCCUUGGGCUGAAGGCCAGCAUCCCAUUGUGACUGCAGUCCUGCUGGUGGAGCCUCCCCCCAAAAGGCCCCAGUGCGUUGGGUGCAGCCAGCAGCGCCGAGCUCCUGCAUUAUGCUGUGCACUGGGAGCCCCUUGGUCGGCACGCGUUGACCUGUUGGCACAUUUUGUUGGUAAAAUCCUUUCUGGGGGACUCUCUGUAGCAUGUGAGAGGACCUAGGGGUGAGAAAUAGCAGGACAUGAGUGUCUCCCUCAUGGUGCCACAGCGCGGAUCUGGCUGCCAGGGCAGCUCAGUGCCUGCCGCCGGAGCUGCGUGUGCUUGUGGUUCAGCAGCACUGAGCUUGGGUGGCCCCUGGGAAGGGAUUUUCCGCUCUGCAUGCUUGAGAUGUUCUCUAAACUUCCUGCACGGCCAGCAGCACUAGGGCUCUGUAGUUCUUAACCCUUUCCCCCUCCUCCUGCCCCUCCAUCCUCUCCCUAGCUGUGCUGCUCCUGCCUGGGGACGAUGACAACUGACGAGGCCACCAAGCCUGAAGGUGAGGUACAGGUGGCCGCGCUGGCGGAGCGUGGGGAGGACAUCACACCUACCCGUGACCGUGGCGUGCUGAAGGUCAUCAAGAGACCCGGGAAUGAGGAUGAGUUCCCUAUGAUUGGAGACAAGGUGUAUGUGCAUUACAAGGGCAAGCUGUCCAAUGGCAAGAAGUUUGACUCCAGCCGCGAUCGCAAUGAGCCCUUUGUCUUCAGCCUGGGCAAGGGCCAGGUGAUCAAGGCAUGGGACAUCGGGGUUGCUACCAUGAAGAAGGGUGAGGUCUGCUACUUGCUGUGCAAACCGGAGUACGCCUACGGGGCCGCUGGCAGUGCUCCUAAAAUCCCCUCCAAUGCCACCCUCUUUUUCGAGAUAGAGUUGCUUGAUUUCAAAGGCGAGGACCUGUUUGAGGAUGGAGGGAUCAUCCGGAGGAUCAAGAGGAAAGGAGAAGGCUAUUCCAACCCCAACGAAGGUGCUACGGUGGAAAUUCACCUGGAGGGGUUCUGUGGUGGAACCCGCUUUGACUGCAAGGAUGUGAAGUUUGUGGUGGGCGAAGGGGAGGACCAUGACAUCCCUAUUGGCAUCGACAAAGCGCUAGAGAAGAUGCAGAGGGGAGAGCACUGUGUCCUCUACCUAGGGCCACGAUACGGCUUCGGCGAGGCGGGGAAACCCAAGUAUGGCAUUCAGGCAAACGCUGAGCUGGUGUACGAGGUCACACUGAAAAGCUUUGAGAAGGCCAAAGAGUCAUGGGAGAUGGACACCAAAGAGAAGCUGGAGCAGGCUGCCAUUGUCAAGGAGAAGGGGACAAUGUACUUCAAGGAAGGCAAAUACCUGCAGGCAGUGAUUCAGUAUGGGAAGAUCGUGUCCUGGCUGGAGAUGGAGUAUGGCUUGUCAGAGAAGGAGUCGAAAGCCUCCGAUUCCUUCCUUCUGGCCGCCUUCCUCAACCUGGCCAUGUGCUACCUGAAGCUGCGCGAGUACACCAAAGCUGUUGAGUGCUGUGAUAAGGCGCUGGGGCUGGACCAGGACAACGAGAAGGGCUUGUACCGGCGGGGCGAGGCCCGGCUGCUGAUGAACGAGUUUGAGCUGGCAAAAUGUGACUUUCAGAAAGUGCUAGAAGUGAACCCACAGAACAAAGCAGCCAGGUCGCAGAUCGCCGUCUGCCAGAAGAAGACAAAGGAGCACAAUGAGCGGGACAGGAGGAUCUACGCCAACAUGUUUGCCAAGUUUGCUGAGAGGGAUGCAAAGGAAGCAGCCAGCAAAACCAGAGUAGAAAAAGAGGCAGCGACAGCAACAUGUGAUGAAGGCAAAGAGACAGAGGGGCACGUAUGAUGGAGGGGGUGGCAGAAGGACAAGCCUCCUGCCCUCAGCCUGUGCCGAGAACUUUGCCAGGACUCAGGACCUGCUGGUGUUUCCUUGUAAAGUUUGUUCCAGUUUGUGUGAUUGUGGAAGCAAAAGUGCCUCGCAGGGAUCAGACCAGCCUGGUGCUGCUGCAAGCUGCGAGCAGUUGGAUGGUGUGGGACCACCAGUGGAACGACCGCCUUCGCAGGGGUGGGGGACAAAGAAAUUGAAGCUGGAACUCCUGGCUUCAGGAGGCUCACCUUGCUCUAUGUCCUCUGGGAGGAGCUGGGAUGUGGAAGCAGUGUGGCAGGAUGCGACCAAGCCUUCCUCCUGCGCUGCCUUCCUCCUCCUUGUCCUCCUCACUGUAGGGCUGAGGGGGCUGCAGCAGGGUGUCCGGACCCCACUGUGCUCACUGGUCGUGUUCCCUGUUCCCUUUGGCCACGGCAGAGCUGUGGGCUCAGAUUUUUCAACAGAGGUUUUAUGGCAUGGUCAUGGCCCAUAGGAACAAAAAUAGUUUAAUUUAAAAAAAAAAAAAAAAAAAAAA